AUGGACAUUGAAGAAAUGGCCAAGUCAUGUUCCGUGUGUACCGAAAAUGCUCGAAAACCCGCUGCCUGUAAUCCUACUGCUUGGCAGUGGCCGUCUGCGACGUGGAAACGCAUUCACAUUGACUUUGCAGGUCCAUUCCUGAACUUUCAUUUCUUCGUAGUUGUGGAUGCACAGUCGAAGUGGGUCGAAAUUGAGAUUAUGCGUGACAUUACGUCUGUUGGUACAAUCAGAGCUCUGCGGAAAAUAUUUGCGCGUUUCGGAUUACCUGAGCAUCCUGUGUCCGACAACGGUAGUCAAUUUACAUCCGCCGAAUUUCAGUCAUUCUUGAAAGCAAAUAAUAUUCGUCAUAUGCUUACUGCACCUGGCCAUCCUGCGACAAAUGGUCAGGCCGAACGUCUAGUUGGAAGUUUCAAGGACUCAAGUUUGAAGGACCAAUCCGGAACCGUAGAGGACAAGCUGCAACUUUACCUGCUCUCUUAUCGUACUACGCCGCAAUGCUCGACAGGGAAAGCCCCCUGUGAACUGCUCAUGCGAAGGUCGUUGCGUACUCGACUUUCUGCGGUACGUCCAUCAGCUGAUACACAGCCAAUUCCGAAGGAGGAUCCUAAAGCCGAAAUAUUCCGAUAUUUCAAACCUGGACAGCCUGUGUUCGCCCGUAACUACAUCACUCAUGGUGCAAAAUGGCUGCCUGGUGUCAUUCUUGAAAGACACAGGUUUAGAAACUACCAAGUUUCUGUUGGGGAGUUUGUGUGGAAGCGCCACAUUGACCAACUUCGUACACGCUAUGCAGAGGUGCCCAUGCCUCAAACUGGAGACUCUACUCCCGAUCUCACCGAUACUUUGCUGCCCGGGAAUCCCCCAAGCCAGCCCACUUCCCAGGCUCCUACUCCACCAAUGGAGUUACAAGUAAGAGUUGUACCACCAGAGGCUCAAUUGCCACAGCAACCCCGGGUUGUCAUAUCACCUAGGAGAAAUCCGCCGCGUGAGAGGAAGAGACCGGAGAAAUUAAAAGAUUUUGUGUAA